UAGUAACUACGUGGUCGCGAUAGUACAAAAAUGUAAACAUGUACAGAUAUCGUAUAAUAUAUUAUUCCGUAUUUAGUGUAUGGAAAUAAGAAAACUUAGUUUUAGGAGAAUAGGAUUUUCAAAAUAAAUUAUCUGUUAUUAACGCUUGUUACCGGUAAUCUUUAUUUUAAUAUUUUUGUUUUUUAUAACCGAAGUGAACAUAGCUAGAAGCGUCGACAAGCGCUGUAGAAUUUCAAGUCCGUUUAAUGGCGGACGCUAAUAAUUUGGAAGUUUCGUGAUUCUAUUGUUCUGUUUUUAAAUAUUCGUAUAGUUUUUACAUCUUAGAAUGAGUUUUUCCCUAAGUGAUAGCAGCCAAAGUGUUACAAACGUGAAAGUGAUAUGAAAUGUUCUGUUAUAACGUGACAAAAUUGCCUGCUAGAUGUAACCUUUUCCCUAACCUCGUUUACGCCAAUGGAGUAGAUAUGUGAUCGAUGUGUGUGCGUCGGUGAACGAUUUUUCGUCCGUUUCGUGUUACAAUUUGUGCGUAGUUAUUCUUCUUAAUAGUGAUGGAAGUGUCCGCGUCGCGGUUUUGCAAUCCGACGCCCGAUUUCGAUGUAACGUAAGCGAGCCGGUCGAUCGCUAAAGCAGGGACGGUCGCUACCAGCCGAACAUGGCUGCGACGCAGGCUGAGUCUCAGCGUAGCGAAACAAACGUAGAGCAGAGUCCAUCGGAGCAGCUCAGUGAAUCUCGAAACGCUCUAUUACAAAACGGGACCGACAAGUCCAUCGGGCGCGUUCCGCCCGAUGGCGUCGUGAACACAAAGAGCAAAUCGCCUAUGUCGGCCGAUUCAGGGCAACCGCGCGACGGUGGCGAGGUGCCCGGUCACGAUCGACCCGGAGAACGGCCAGUGACGGACCAAUACGGCCAAUAUCGUUAUCCAGAAGGUGCGGACCCUUACUACGCGCCGCGACCCGGUUUUCCCGGUAAACCGCGGCCUCCGCCGCAGCAACCGCGCUUUUUCCCGGGUCAAGCGGUGUCACAGGCGCCAGGGCCCACGCCAACACUUAACUCGUUACUACAGUCAAGUGGUGCGCCACCACAUAGAUAUCCUAAUAGUUAUGAUCAACCGCCAGGAGGAUAUGGGCCGGCUCCAGGCUGGCCGCCGCCAAGACCUAUGCCUGGAUAUAACCCUCAAGGAAGUCCAUAUAGAAAUUCAACUCCUCCACGAGGAUAUGGCGGACCUCCUUACGGCGCUGGAGCCCCUGGUGGCCCCCAGCAACCCCCAGGAGCAUACGGACCCCCGGGAUCAUACCCUCAAAGGUAUCCACCGCCACCGGGGCCUCCAGGAGCGCCUAACUCGCGCCCACCGUUCUCGCCACAUCAGGGAUACGAAAGGGGCGGGUCACCUCAACCUCCUACCCAACCGCCUCGCGCUCCUAGCCCAGGUCCAGGAGGGCAAAGCGCCCCAGGCGCGCUUUCACCUAACCAAGAUACACAGCAUCCGCCGCACUUGCCUCCGCACGGGACGCAACCGCCACUACAACAUCAGGGUUAUCCGCCACCGCCAAGGCCUGCACAGCCGUCCACGCCAAACACCCAUGAUCCUGACUCAGAUCUGACCGGUCAGAACAGCAAUGACUCGGGCGGCAGCGGCGGCGCGGGGCGCGCUACCACACCACACCUGAGGCCGACGCCCAGCCCUACAGGCUCCAGCGGCUCUCGAUCCAUGUCACCGGCUGUCGGCACACAGAACGUAACGAUGCCGCCGCGAACAUCGUCAUCGCUGUCGGACGGCAGCGGAGGCGCACCGCGGGGCGCAGCGCCAGGUCCGGGGCCCGCCGCCGGGCCGGUGCCGCCCGGUGCCAGCGCCAUGGUGGCGCAGCCCUAUGGUCACCACACGCCUUACAAAGCGUCUCCAUACGCGCCGCAGUCGUAUGGAUACCCACCAAGGAACCACCACCCAUAUCCAUACGCUGGUUACCGCCCACCGCCGCCACAUCCACCACAGCAUUAUCCGCCACUCAAGCAACAGGGCCGGCACAUGGGCCCCCCAGGUGCAGGUAUCAGCGGCGGUGAUGGUGUGAUGCCGCCACCGACCGCCCCGGGCGAAUCGCACGACAAUGGACCCGCGGCACCAGCUACGGCACUCGUCACCACUGGCCCAGAUGGAGCGCCUCUCGAUGAAGGCAGCCAACAAAGUACGCUGAGCAACGCCUCCGCUGCGUCGGGCGAGGAGGCGUGCGGCACUGCGAAGGCGGCACGCAAGGAGUACGGUGCGGGCAGUGCGGCUCCCUCGCCGUCGCCGGGCGGCGGCUCGCAUUCUUCUGUACACGAUGACUACGACGCUUCGCCCUCGUGGCCGCGCCCGCCACCCAGUCCCGUAUUUAACAGUCACAUACCGCCGGAGUCCUACAGAUCAAAGAAGUCGGACUCGCUGGGCAAGCUGUACGAGAUGGAUGACGCGCCGGAGCGGCGUGGCUGGGUGGAACGACUGCUCGCCUUCAUGGAGGAAAAGAGGACGCCCAUAGCAUCCUGCCCGACGAUUUCGAAACAGCCGCUGGAUCUGUACAGACUGUACCUGUUGGUACGCGAACGAGGCGGAUUUGUCGAGGUGACGAAAAAUAAGACAUGGAAAGACAUAGCUGGUCUGCUGGGUAUAGGCGCGUCUUCGUCGGCGGCGUACACGCUACGCAAACAUUACACGAAGAAUCUACUCGCAUACGAGUGCCAUUUCGACCGCGGUGGCAUUGAUCCCCAGCCAAUUAUACACCAAGUUGAAGCUUCUACUAAGAAGAAAAGCGGCAAAUCCAAUAGUAAUUCCAGUGCAGGGUCAUCAAAUUCGCAAGAAUCAUUCCCGGGCGGCGUAGGCGGUGCCGGCGGCGUUGGCGGCGCGGGCGGCGGCGCGCCUCUCGACGGCUACGGUGCGCAGUAUGCCGGCUACCCGCCGCAGUCCAACCAGGCGCAGGGCGGUGGGCCGGGUGGUGACAACCUCGCCGCCUCUAACCCAUUCGACGAGCCGCCGGGGCCCAGGAGACCCCCAGGUUACCAGCAAGGUUACGGGUAUGAAUAUGGACCUCCUUACCAACCAAAUCGGCCUGUUUAUCCACCUUAUGGACCCGACGGUGAUAGGGGUUACCGGGGCGGCGGCGAGUACCAGUACGGCGGGUACGGCGGCGGGUACCGUGCGGGCCCGGGUGCGGGGCCGGGCGCGGGCGCGGGCCCGGCGCCGGCGGGCACGCCGCCGCCCGCGCAGCCCUACCCCGACUACUACCGCGGCCCGCACCCGCACGCGCCGCACGCGCAGCACCCGCCGCACCCGCCGCACGCGCAGCAUCCGCAGCACCCGCAGCACCCGCAACACCCGCAGCACCCGCCGCAUCCGCCGCACCCGCCCAUCUCGCCGCACCAGCAGCACCAGCCCCACCAGCCGCACCAGCCGCAUCAGCCACACCAGCCGCCGCACGAGAUGUCGGGCGGCGCGCAGGCGCAGUCGGUCGGUAACCUAAUGAGCUCGCAGCUCGCGCGGCAACUCAUCGCGCCGCUGCCAUCCAACCCCAGACCCUACUACGGCGGCGGCAAACCUCUCGGCGCGGGAGUAGGCGCGGGCGCGGGCGCUCCGCGGCGGCACCCCGACUUCGUGAAGGGUGAAGGCGGGUUCGCGGGCCCGGGGCCGGGCGCAGGGGCGGGCGCGGGCGCGGGGGCCGGCGCAGGGGCGGCGGCGGGCGCGCGCUUCGGCGGCGCCUGGGGCGGGGCGUUCCCACGCGCCCCGCAGCCACCCUCGCCGCAGGCCCCCGGCCCCUGGCGCCCGCCGCCCGCCACGCAGCCGCCGCCCUCUUGGCCGCCGUAUCAGCCGCAGACUGCAGGCGGGCCGGCAUGGGGCGGAGCUCCGCGGCCGCCGACCCAGGACGCAUACCCCUCCGCUGCGCCAUCUACUGGUUCUGGUCCAGGGCUCGGUCAGAUAAAACGAGAAUUGACAUUUCCACCCGAGUGUGUGGAAGCAGCAAUGCCGACUGGAGAAAAGCGGCGGAGAUUAACGAAAGCCGACGUUGCGCCGGUCGACGCGUGGCGUAUUAUGAUGGCGCUCAAAUCGGGUCUGCUCGCCGAAACUUGCUGGGCAUUAGACAUAUUAAACAUUUUACUCUUUGACGACAACUGUAUAGGUUAUUUCGGGCUACAGCACAUGCCCGGUCUUCUUGACUUACUUUUGGAACAUUUCCACAAGAGUCUUAGUGACGUAUUCGACUCGCCAACGACGGAGGAUGAGCCGUGGUAUGCACCACCGGCGAGUCCCGAACCCGCUCCGAAAGUACGCCGGAAAACGGAACCCAUCCAUCCCUCGGACCGAGUACGAGUGCUCUCCGGCGAGAACUACACUCUGGAGACUCGUCGUCGGCAGCCCGUUAUCUAUCGCAACGACGACGAGCUGUUCGCACCCGAGGAAGAGGAGGAGGACGCCGACCACGACCACGAUGACGUGCUCGAGCCGUGGCAGUUCGCAGGCGACGCCACAAGCGCCACACAUGUCAUGCCCUGCUUCCGUGGCGAGUUUGUGCACUUGCCCUUCGUGCGCGUCAUGCCCGGCGAGCGGCGACCCUCGCCGCCCGUCACCCCGCCCGCGCCGCCGGCCGCCGCGCCCACCGACGGCGCCCACUCACCUCGCCUCAAGCACGAUACGGACGAGGUGGACGUAGUCGAUCACACUGUGGGCGCUGCGCCUGCGGACGCGAACUGCGAGCCCGCCGAUGCCCCGGCGACCACGCCCGACGGCGAGCGCGACAACCUCGAGGCGGAGCCGAUGGAGCUCGAGCCGGAGCGGCGACCCACCCUGCUGGUGCGCGACCCGGCGGGCGUUCUCAAACGUCGCCGGCUCGAGGACUACGAGGACGAGUGCUACACACGCGACGAACCCAGUUUGAACUUAGUGAACGAGACUCGCGACGCACUCGCUAAGCGCUGCAUUGCGCUGUCGAACAUUCUCCGCGGCCUGACGUUCGUGCCCGGCAACGAGGCGGAGUUCUCGCGGUCGGGUGCGUUCCUGGCUCUGGCCGGCAAGCUGCUGCUGCUGCACCACGAGCACGCGCCGCGUGCCACGCGUGCGCGCGCCUAUGAACGCGCGGCGCGCGACGAGGCCGACGCGGACGCGUGCUGCUCCAGCCUGCGCGGUGGCGCCGAGUGGUGGUGGGACGCGCUCGGCCAGCUACGCGAGGACGCGCUCGUCUGCUGCGCCAACAUCGCGGGCGGCGUCGAGUUGGCCGGCCAGCCCGAGGCCGUGGCACGCCCGCUGCUCGACGGGCUGCUGCACUGGAGCGUGUGCCCGGCCGCGGUGGCGGGCGACGCGCCGCCUGCCGCCGCCGCCUCCUCGCCGCUCUCGCCGCGCCGGCUCGCGCUCGAGGCGCUGUGCAAGCUGUGCGUAACCGACGCGAACGUGGACCUGGUGCUGGCGACGCCGCCGCGCGGCCGCAUCGCGGCGCUGUGCGCGGGGCUGGCGCGCGACCUGUGCCGGCCCGAGCGGCCGGUGGUGCGCGAGUUCGCCGUGAACCUCCUGCACUACCUGGCGGGCGCGGGCGGCGCGGCGGCACGCGAGGUGGCGCUGCACGCGCCGGCCGUGGCGCAGCUGGUGGCGUUCAUCGAGCGCGCCGAGCACACGGCGCUGGGCGUGGCCAACCAGCACGGCGUGGCGGCGCUGCGCGACAACCCGGACGCGAUGGGCACCUCGCUCGACAUGCUGCGCCGCGCCGCCGCCACGCUGCUGCGCCUGGCCGAGCACCCGGAGAACCGGCCGCUGAUCCGGCGGCACGAGCGGCGGCUGCUGUCGCUCGUCAUGUCGCAGAUUCUCGACCAGAAGGUGGCGCACGAGCUCGCCGACGUGCUCUACCACUGCAGCCAGCAGCGCGACGAACCGCGCGACGACCAGUAGAUCGACAUUGACUGUGACUGUGCGUGUGCGUGUAACGGACGCAGUGCGAGAUUCGGCGGUGGUGCGAUGAGACUGAGAAAUUACCUGUCGGUACGUGUACAUAUAGUGUUACGGCGCGCCCCGGACGCGGCGCUAUGUUCCCGUUUGACUGUUCGUGACUCCGAGGUUAUUAUAGCGGUGUCUGAAGUGUUAGGCUGUACGAUUCGAUUUUGUUAUUUAUGGUCCAUGAUGAUUUAUUUACAAGAAUGUCAAUGUGGUAUAAUCGAUUUCUAUUGUUCGAUUGAAGAAAGAUGUAUUAUAACUCGUAAUUUUGAUUUUUAUAAUAAAAUGGGACUUGAAUCUG